AUGCCUGUUGACAAAAUUUUAACGCAGAUCAAGGACGAGCACUAUCUCAAAUGGCCAAGACCAUUACACUCAUCCCCUAACGUCCGUGAUAAGAACAAGUAUUACCAAUUCCAUAAAGAUCACGACCACAACACAGAAGACUAUAUGGACCUAAAGGAGCAAAUAGAGGAGUUGAUAAGGAAAUUGCAAUUACAGAAAUAUGUGAAGAAGGGGAAAUAUAGUAAGUUCAGGGACGGCAAUAAGAGCCAGCAUAGGUCCUCUUCCAGAAAUGACGAUCGCCUGUCCCAACCUCCACAGGAUAUGAUCGGGGAGAUAAAGACAAUUAUAGGAGGGCCCUUCUCAAGAGGAUCAUUUAAAUCCCUCAAGAAAGCACACCAAAGGCAGGUAAAUAGUAUCCACACAAUACCUCCGUUCAAGCAACAACGAACAGACCAAGACAUGUCCUUCAAUGAAGGGGAUGCCACGGGAGUGAAGCAGCCCCACAAUGACUCUCUGGUUAUAAUACUGAAUAUAGAAGGAUUCAAUACCAAAAGGAUCCUCAUGGACAAUGGUAGCUCCGCAGACAUCAUCUACCUCCCUGCCUACCAGCAGUUGAAGCUAGAUCCAAGGAGACUGCGCCUAUUUGACUUUCCCCUCGUCAGCUUCAACGGAGACAGGGUAUACCCCAGGGGCAUAAUGACGUUGACAGUAACUGUGGGGACCUACUCGAUGGAGUUGACCCAUCAGUUAGACUUCCUAGUGGUGGACUGCCCCUCAUCCUAUAAUGUCAUCAUUGGGAGGCCCACGCUCAACAAAUGGAAAGCGACCACAUCCACCUAUUGUUUGAAGGUAAAAUUCCCAACAGAUAACGGUGCCGGCAAAGUAAAAGGAGAUCAAGUCUUGGCCAGAGAGUGUUAUCAUGUCGUCCUGGCUGCAAAAGAGAAGGAAGAAGACAAAAUGGAAGCCCUGGAAACAGUAGAACUGGCUGAAGGGGAAGCGAGCAAGACGACUAAGAUAGGGACACGCUAA